AUGCCCUAUUUAUCAGAUCGGCAAUAUGGUCUUGUUUCUCAUGGACGUUUAUUAGUAAAAUUAAAAAAUUCUUCUUCAAUCACACGACGACUUAAAUUAGGUCAAACAUUAAACAUUCAUCGAGGUUGUGUAAAUACAAUAUGUUGGAAUGAAAAUGGCUCAACAAUAUUAUCAGGCUCAGAUGAUCAACAUUUAAUUGUAACGGAUCCAUAUACAACAAAUAUUUUAACAAGUGUACAUAGUGGUCAUAGGGAAAAUAUUUUUUCAGCUAAAUUUUUGCCUGAAACAAACGAUCGUCGAGUUGUUUCAUGUUCAGGUGAUGGUAUUAUAUUUCAUACAAAUUUCGAUCGACCUAAUAAUUCACAUAGCAAUGAGGGUUGUUUUACGUGUCAUGGAGCAGCAACUGCCUAUGAAGUACGAGUUAUUCCUCGAACACCAAAUUUAUUUUUUUCAUGUUCUGACGAUUGCACAGUACGAUUGUAUGAUUUGAGAACAAAAAGUAAUUGCUUGAAAGCCCAUUGUAAUGACGAUGUUAUCAUAAGAAGUAAAUGGGGUAUUACAUCAAUUGAUAUUAAUCCAAUGAAUCCAAAUGAAAUUGUUUGUGCUUGUUCGGAUUCAUCGGUUCGUCUGUAUGAUCAUCGAAAACUUUCAACUCAACUAUCGUUGGAUGCAUCAGUAUUUCGUCGAGGUGAAGUAUCCAUCAAUGGUCUUAUAUCUCGUUUCGUAUUAAGGGAUCGUAAAGAAAAACGUCCAUCACGUAUAACAUCUGUUGUAUUUAAUCAACAUGGCACAGAAAUUUUAGCUUCAUAUUCAUCAGAAUCUCUGUAUUUACUUGAUCCAAAACAAACAGCAUCACAGGAACUAAGUCAAGCACGUCUUUCUGAACAUCGAAAUGAAAAACGCGCAAGAGAAAAUACAAAUGAAAGUAAACCAACAGUAAAUGAACCUUCGUCACAAGACGACAAGAAAACAUCACAAUUUAAAAGAUUACGUCUUCGAGGCGAUUGGAGUGAUACAGGUCCUGAUUCUCGUCCGAUGCAUGAACAAGAAUCUCAAACAUCAUCGAAUACUAAUAAUAGUGAACAGCAGCAAGCAGAAAGCGAGCAACAGCAUGAACCACCACCACCACCACCACCACCACAACAACAACAGACACCUCGAAAUCGAAAUAUACAAAAUAUAUUUAUGCAACGUAUGAGUGAUAUUUUAACACAAUUAGUCACGUCUAAUGAAACAGAAAAUGAAGGACAACAGCCAGCAACAACUCCAAAUAACAGCAAUGAUAAUAAUAAUUCAACACCGACUAUCACUGAAGUAAAUACAGAUAAUGAAACUACAUCAACAUCGACAAUACCCAUUGUGCAAUCACCUCCAUCACCUACAUCUAAUGAGAAUUCUGAAAGUACAACUACAACUACGAACGAACCGAACAGCAGUCGAGAGCGGCUUGGGUUUUUUGAUCUUUUGUUUGGAGGAAAUCGCCGAAAUAAUGAUUUAGAAGAAGAGGACGAGGAAGAUGAUGAUGAUGAUGAUGAUGAUGAUGAUGAUGAUGAUGACAACAAUGAUGAUGACGAAGAACACAGUAUGGACGAUGAGGAUGCUAAUGAAGAUAAUGAAAAUUCUCAAGCAUCCUCAACAGCAACAGAUAAUGUUGCAGCAUCAGGACGCGCUCGGCGACCAUUAAUGACUUCGAAAUGGGAUCGCAUAAUGAAACGUCGUGAAGCUGAACGUCGAAAUGAAGAAAAUCAUUUAAAAAAUGUUCCUAGCUUAGGUUUAAUUAAUUCAUACGAUGGUCAUCGUAAUGCUCGUACAAUGAUUAAAGAAGCAAAUUUUUGGUCCGAUUCUUACGUUAUGUCUGGUUCGGAUUGUGGACAUAUAUUUAUUUGGAAUAAAUUUACCGGUAAAAUUGUACGAAUUAUACAAGCUGAUGAACAUGUUGUUAAUUGUGUACAACCACAUCCACUGGAUUAUCCGAUACUAGCAUCAAGCGGAAUUGAUUAUAAUAUAAAAUUAUUUUCACCUUUGGCUGAAGCGCCAAUCGAUGAUAGUGAACUUAUACAAAGUACAAUAAAACGCAAUCAUGAGAUGAUGAAAGAAACAUCGAGUACAAUAACUGUACCAGCUACUUUUAUGUUUCGCAUGUUAACAUCAUUUUAUCAAUUACGUCGUCCUGAAGGAUUGUUCGGAUUAGACGAUGAAGACGAAUCAACCGAGUGA